AUGUCGGAGGAGGAGGAGCUCCCGAUGGAGGGGGUUGCUCGGCUCGCCGUCACGUUCACGGCCGUCGUCGCGCCUCCCCCGCCGAAGGAGGACGCGAACGAACCCGCGAAGGUGCGCCGCCGUUCGUCGCGAUCGUACCCGUCGCCCCACGGAGGCGCUCCCUCAAUGUACGACUCGUCACGCGAACUCAUCCCCCCGUCCCCCCGACCACCCGCGCAGGACGAACCCCCCGCCGAGACCGCCGAGACCGCCGUCGAUGAACCAGCCCCGGAGGGAGAGGACGCCGAGGAAGGUGCCGAGGAAGGUGCCGAGGAAGGUGCCGAAGAGGGUGCCGAGGAUCCGCCGACCGCGUCCAUGACGGUCGCGUACGCCCUGCCCGACGGCACCGAGUUUGUCUCCACCCACGAGGAUCACCCGCUCGUCGUCGCGAGACGAGCCGCGGGCGUCGUGUCGUGCGACUCGUGGACCGGACCGACGCACGAGCUCGUCGUGAACGAGGACAUCGUGCGAACGAUGGCGCGGCAGGGCGCCGCGCUCGUCGUGACGUUCACGCGUUCGAAGAUGGACACCGGAGAGACGAGCGUGGACGAAGGCGGGACGAAAUCGGAUGGGGUCGUCGUCGCGACAAGUGUGACGAUCGAGCUGGCGUCGCUGGUUCUCGGAUCGGAGUCGUUCGCCGAGCGCGUGUACGACUUUGACGACCGGGAGGACGUCGAAGGAGGCGCGGGUUCGGCCGAGGGGACGUUUCCGCCCGCGUUCGCGGGGUACCGGCGCGUGCGCGUUGGCGUUCGGCUCGUGGGGGCUCCGAAAGCCGAGGCAGACACGGCCGUCGACGAUGACGCGGCACAGCUGGCGACGUCUAAACCGCCGCCGUUCCUUCCCGCGGGGCUCGCGCGGGACCUCCGCCCGUUCGCCGUGACCCUCCACCGCGCGAGUAACCUGCCCGACGUCCCCGCGUCGCACGUCGAGUUGGACGAACUGUGCGAACCGGUCGCCGCGCACCUGGCGUGGCGCCACCCGACGACGAAGGAGAGUUUAUGGCCCAAAACAGACGACGACGACGCCGCGAGGGUGGUAUCGUGGCGCACCGCGUCGUCCACGACGCCGUGGCGAACCGUCCAACCGCUGGAGAGCUUCAGCGCGCCGUUCAGGACGAGGGACGCGCGGUUCGACUCGUCCUUGAUGUUCAUGGCGAAAGAUUUGGUAACCAACCUGCACGACGCGUGCGCCGCGGCUCCGUUGGAACUGCGCAUCCACGACCGCGUGCGCCGCGCCGUUCCGGAGAAGUUCCCCGGUCUGGAUAAGCUGGAGGGGAACGAAGAUGAGGGUGCCGCCGAGGGUGCCGAGGGUGCCGAGGGAGGCGGGAAAAACGCGAAAGGUUCGUUCGACGCCGACGGGUUCCCCGUCGCCGACGCGUACGCCAGAGCGUUUUUCGAGUUGAGAAGCGCGUGCGAGUGGCCGCGGACACAGACGAAGUUUCACCUCGAGGCUAACCUGGAACCCGUCAGUUCUCUGCCCGGGGGAGGUGUGGGGGCGUCGCUGGACUGGACGUGCCGCCCCGGACGGUACGUCGAGGCGCACGCGACGGUGACGAUGACGUUCGAGACGUGCGAGCCGCUGAGAGACCCGAGGGAAAACAAGCCGGCGAGCGCAAUCGACGUCGACGCGGAUACCGAGGGUACCGAGGCGCCAGCCGCCGGGGGUGCCGAGGGGGAGGGUGCCGACCCGGGUGCCGAGGGUGCCGAGGUGCCGCCGACACCGCCCGACCCGCGCCCCUUCCACCGCUGCGUGUUUGCCAUGCACUACUCGAACGUCUCGCUGUUUCGCGAGAUUUUGGACGUCGUCCGGAGCCGCAACGCGAAGACGCUCGGGGUGGACGGGACACCCGCGCACGUCCUGUUCGAACUGGCGCACGCCAAGUUCGAACCUUCACAGAUCGCGGACCCCGCCUUCGCCGUCAUCACCGGUUUCCACGUCAUCGACGGCGUCACGCGGCUCAUCUUAAUCGAGGGGACGUACGGCGAGGUGAUGGACCCGGUGUACGAAAUCGCGUCGCGCGAGGCUUCAAACCCCGGCGUCCGCGUCCUGUUUAACCGUCGUUUAGGGUACGACGCGCGCAUGUACGGUACACUCGGCGGGGACAUAUGGCCGGUCAAGCUGUGCGAAACGGUCCCGGCGUUGGCCAAGUCGCCCAAAGUGUUGGCCGGCGACGGCGUUCGGGCAAUCACGCGCGAGUGCGUCUUAAAAUUGGCGCAACUUUUGGACGGUAUCGCGGGCCCUUCGUGGAUGCGGGAGGUGGAAUCCUCCCGCGCGUUCCCGCGCGUCGAUGCGCUGGUGUCGCUGGACAAGCGGUUCGGCGCGGAGCUGACGGUGACGGACCUGACGGGCGAGGCGCCGAGGCUUCGCGGCGUUCACCGAACGACUCGAACCGACGCCGACGACGAGCUCGAGGCGUACGCGGGGGGCUCUACGAAGGGAGGGCGGGUGUCUGACGUCGAACAAACUGUCGGACACGUUGUCGGACAAGAUGAUACGGCGGUGAUGAGCCCCGGAACCGCGCGGGGCAAGGCGCGUCGGCGCGUGCACCCUCCGCUGGACAUGACGACGCCGCUUGACGGUUCGUACCUCGCGGACCUGGCGGCGAGAAGAAGGGCCAGGACUCGCAGGGACCUCACCGCCGACUACCUGGCGCACACCGAACGCCUGCAGCGGACGCUGGGCGACGAGAAGCGCCGGGCGUGGCGGGAGUGGAACGUUCGUCGGAUCACGACGGAGGAGGAGGCGGAGAUUAAAGCCAAGGAGGCGGCGGCGGAGGCGGCGAGGGUGAAGGAGGAGGCUGACAAGGAGGCUGAGGAGGCUGCGCGAUCGGGCACAAAAUCGGGCAAGCCGUUACACCCGUCCCCGUUCAAGUGGCCGGUCGCGCCCACGUACGCGGGCGACCACGUGCACCCCAAACACCCCGGCGAGAGGCGCGCCGCGGAGCUCCGCGAGCCGUGGGAGGCUCCCACGAUCGAUUUCGACGUCACGAUGCACUGCCCGGACAAGUGGAAAAUUCCGUCGCCGACGAACAAGCCAAACGGCAAACACUUUGACAAGAUCCCGGCUCCCGUCGAUCGACUCUUCGAGACGAAUCGCGCGUUUUUCAACAGCGUGCACCUGUACGGCGAGGACCUGAUCAAGGAGAAGAAGGACGCGGUGUUACAAGCGCGGAAAGAGUGGCGCGCCAAGUGCGUCGUGGAUAACCCGGGCACGAUGGAAUACCACGGCAUGAAAGUCACGCUGCCGUCGAAGGAUUACGCGGCGAUACCCGCGGCGGAUCGGUAUCGGAGCAUCCUUCACGACCCACCGGUGAAGUUGGGCCUGACCAGGUCAAGGGUCAAGGGCGCGGAGCACCCACCGCCGGUGAGCAUGUUCACGCGCGAGGACCCGGAGGUUACCAACCCGCACAGCAAGCUCAACGCGUUGACCCUGAGGGAAAUCGACAAGACCAGAUUCACCGCGGGGCCGGGUGUGGACUUUAAGCGGCACAACCUGGUGGCGGCCGGGGGGGUUCACACGGGGACGCUGGACCUGGUGGGCGCGGAGGACGACGAGGGGAACAAGCCGCCGAGGUACAGGCGCGAUCGCUCGGUGAGACGGGGGUAG